AUGGAUGAUGGACACGGGGAAUGGGCGGGGAUGGUGUUCUUCACUCUGACUCGGUGGUGCGGGGUGCCUUGGACAAAUUUGAUACAAAAAAAAUAUAACACGCAAGAAAACAAAUUCCUGGUUGGUCGUACUUUGGAAGCGUUGCAUGACAUGGGAGUAGAGUUUACUACUGGGGUCAUCACUGGAUCGACUCUUCGUCAUGUCCUUCUAGACCUGCAAGACCCGGCAUUGACCAGUGAGACUCGGCGCACUGGCCACGCUCGUUGCUACAUCGUCGGUUUUGGGGACGCAACAAUGCACCACUGCAAGCGAAUGAUUCCAGUUGUCCCUCAUCUGCCGCUAUUAUCCAUAUCAGAAUUCGGCUGCGAAGAGCUUCGAAAUUUCUGCUGUUAUCUCUAUCGCGAGAAUCCGCCCACAGACACAAACGCCUACAAGUUAGUGGAAUGGCACCUAGCUUACGCGGAGAAAUACGGGCAUUAUCACAACUCGAUGGUCCUGAUGGUGCAACGCAAGCUGUUAUUCCCUGACCAGCUACCUAUCUAUCCUGGUAUAUCAAUCGCAUUCGAAGACGGAGACGAGACCUACCCCGCUGUCAAAGUAUCAGACAGCACUGGGGCUACUCUCGACGUCACCCAGCCGUUGUCACUGGAGGCCGAGUUCUUGCAACGUAUCCUCUUCCGAUCCCCCUCCGUUCCAUAG